UCAUAUUCUGACGCAUUCGUAAAUUAUCUGUGAAUGAAAGCGUCAAAUCAAUCUGUCAUUCGUCGACGGCGAAUCGGCCGCAUCAGCGGACUCGAGUUACAAAUUAUUUUACAAUUUAUUUGUAAACCGAACUGUGUAGUGUGUACAAUAAUGUAUCAUUGACUGUGAGACGCACGUACAAAGUGUCCAUAAGAAAUAAUUGAUCGGAAAGUGAUCGACAAUAAGAUGCCUUUUGUAAACAUCAAGAAGCAAUAUCUAGCAAUCGGGAUGUUAGUUUUCGUUUUAUUAUUUUUAUUUAAUACACGGCCCGCUUUUCAAUGUCAGUUUAAUGCAGAAGUGAGUCCAUAUCUCCCGGUUAUUUACGGGAUUACUCCGACGUACGUGAGGCUGGCACAAAAGGCGGAUCUUACAAGGUUAUCACAAACUCUGAUGCAUGUGAAGAACUUCCAUUGGGUUGUGAUCGAAGACUCCUUGGAGAAGACAAAGUUGGUUGCGAACUUGCUCAAAGAGUCAAACUUAAAAUAUACACACCUUAAUAUUAAAACUCAUAAAACAAAACAUUCAACGCCUGUGCCUUUAAUGAGAAUAAAAGGGGCCAGAGGUCUUUUAGCGAGUGGUGUGGAACAAAGGAAUCUGGCAUUGGACUGGCUAAGGGGCCAUUUGGACAAGAGCGAAAACAAAGCAGGCGUUGUGUACUUCAUGGACGAUGACAAUACCUACUCGCUCAAAGUCUUUGAUGAGAUGCGGAAAGUAAAGCGAGUAGGCGUCUGGCCGGUCGGUAUAGUGGGGGGCAUGCGAGUAGAGAUGCCCCUUGUGUCGGACGGCAAGGUGAGCGGUUACAACGCCUGGUGGAAGCCGUUCCGACCCUUCCCUAUAGACAUGGCAGGGUUCGCGAUCAAUGCUACUCUGUUCCUGGAACAUCCAGAAGCCAAGUUCUCCAGAAAAGUCCAGUCUGGUUUUCAGGAGAGUGAAAUAUUAAAAUACUUCACAACUAAAGAGGAACUAGAGCCAUUAGCGGACAACUGCACAAAGGUGUACGUCUGGCAUACACGUACGCAAAAACCUUCUAUACUUAACCCUAAGAAACUGAAGCGUCCCAUCGUACCAGACGAUCAUAUCGAGGUCUGAGUCCAUACAGUAUUAAACUGGUCUUUUAUCUACAGGGAUAAACUCCCAAAAGAACAAAAAACCCCCCAUAUACAUUGAAGGGUUAAAAUGUUCUCGUAACGAUGUUUAUAUUCUACAAUCUACUUUUAAGUACUUGAAUACUCAAUUGGUGUAUACUCAGAACAAAAAUGUAUCGUCUAUAUUCUACUGUUUUGUAGAUUCUAAUUUAUAUUUGUUUUGUACGAAAUUCAUACAUAUUCUGAUAUUUCUAGCUCCAAAAUGCCACUUAUUCCUUAUAUUAAAUAAUGUAGUCUGACAUUAUUUUGUGCAAUUAUAAAGAGCUUAUUAUUACAUGACCAUUAUUAUUUAUUCAAUUUGAAUGUAUAUUAUUGAAAGGCAAUAUUUAUUAUUAAAUAAUUUAGUAUCAAGCUAGUAGUUAUAUUUUAUAACAAACAAUGACUUGUGUGUGAAAUACAGGUCAAACUGUAAAAUUAUCUUUAAAACUAAUACAAAUAAGGAUCAAUAUUGUUUAAUUCAGGUAUUUAACGUAAAUACAAUUUCGUUUUACUUAGUGACCAUUGAAGAAAGUCCGGCAUCGUGUAAUAAUAUAUUUAUUUGCUUUAUAUUGAUUGCAUCAUAUUUAAUAGAUACAAAAGUAUAUUCUUUUUAUUAUGAAAACUGCAUUAGUAUCAGUUGAUACAGAGGCUUUCCCAGUGGGGUAGGAUUAUUAUGAUUUCAUCACAAUCAAUCAUAAUAACAUUUAUUUGAACAAUUCGUUUUAGACUUCAAAAUUGUUCCAUUGCGUUCAGUAUUAUAAAUAUUUUUAUAUCGUCGACUUGUUUGUAAAAUAAAUUCUGGGUCGCGUAGAAAAGGCUAGAUUUUAUAUUAAAAGAACUAUUUACGUUUUAUAAGUAAUUUAGCGUAAUAGCAUAAUUAUAUUUUAUGAAAAAAAAAACAUCCUCUAGUAUAAUGCUAGUCUUAUAUUUUUGUAUAUAUUUUGCAAUAGUCUAAAUUCAUAUAAAAAAAAACUUUAGAUACAUUCAUUUAUUAAGUCAACUUUCUAUUAUUAUAAUCACAGUCGUCAUAAUACUGUAUUUAGAUUUUAGUAAAUUAUUUCAUAGAGAUUAGUUGAAAAUCAUGUAUCAAAGCUAUUUUUAAUAUGUCUGUAAUUUGAACGCCAUCUUGAAACAGUGCUGCCAUCUAGAUUAAGUUUGGUAAAGCUUAGGCGGUAUUUGAAUUCUUGCAUGGAACAGUUUUACGCUGGAUUGCGAGUACGAUAUAAAAUUUUAGACUCUAUAAUAUCCGUUUUAUAAGGUCCAUAUUACAGAAUCAUAAUCAGCAACGUUUUCUAGCACUCAUUUUACUAGGUCUUACGAAACCGAAACCCGGUCGUAUUCUAAGUUCUAACUUUAAUUUAUAUGAAUAAAACGCAAUCAGUAUUUGUAAAACUUUUUCGUGUAUUUUAGUACUAAAUACUGUUCUUAAAACUAUUAUUAUUUUUUUAGCCUGUCCAUUUUGAACGACCGAAGCUUGAAAUGGACAAGCCAAAAAUCUACGUUCUUUGUAUUAGCGCUCAUUGUUUCAAAUGGAACUGCUGUAAUUUUGUUAUUGCAUAGUAACUGUAUAUUCCCAGUGAAAACAGGGAUAUAAGCCUAUGACCGAUCUAUAGUGUUCGGUAUUAUUUUGAUGUCAGGAAUCUUCAAAUGCCAAAAUGCAUUUUCGGAAACUGUAUCGCUUUUAUUUUAUUUAGUUGAAAACCGUCAUAUGAUACAUUAUACUGAAACAGAUUUUAAAGUAAAAGAGGUGGUGUUGUGUUCUUCAUAAUAACAUCUCUUGCAUUCAAAUCUAUCAUUAUAACGUAUCAUAGCACGGCCCAUAGGAUUGCAGCUACUUAUUUUGUGUUCUAUAUAUGCAUACAGUUAAAAGCCUUACCUACAUAUUUCACAAAAAUCAUAACAAUUUCUUAAGAAGGUACCAUGUAUAUGUAAUACUGUAUCUAAUAGCUAUUUAUGUAUACGGAACAUAUUAAUAAUCUCCCCAUUUUUUUAGUGGGGUUCAAUAAAAAACAAUUAAUAAAUUAAAUACCAGAAAAAAAAUGUAUUUUCGCCUUUACUGAACCAUAACUGCCGAUGUACCAUUUAAGAUUCCAAGUAUUCUGUAAUUAGUUUACAGGCCUAAUUAGUCACUAGGAAUCACUAUAGAAAUAGCGUACCGAGAAAUGUAGCUCACGAAAACUGCACUGAUGUAACUCAAGUUACAGUUUGCUCCAAAUAACUUUGCAACUCUGAAGAUAGCCAUUUAACUUCUUGCUCAUUUGUCAAGAAGCUUUACUUGUCCGAAUGUAGCUACACUCCAUUUGACUGGGCACUUAACGGGGAAACGAUCUUGAUACUACUUUUCAUGUGUGUGUGUCAAAAAAAAAUGCAACAAAUACAAUACCUAAUCAAUUAAAUCAUUGUAGUAUACUUAGUUAAUGUUUCAAUAUAUCGACUGCAAGCAAGCAAUACCUCCUAUCUGACAUUUUUGUUUCAAAAAAACAAAAAACUUGUAUCUACCAUAAACUACCUUUAUAUU